GUAAGCUCUGGGAUCUCACUAAAGAAUGUCUCAGUUCCUCGUUCUAUCACUGAUAUUGGGCGUGGCCCAAUCUGCGAGUCUCGCUUCGGAGUCCGAUAAUGCCUUAGCUGACGGAGACGAGUGUUUGACCGGCUACAAUAUGAGGUACGACCUGGAGUGCCGGAGGAAGAGGCGGGCAGCAGCGGAGGAGGCGGAGAAGUUAGAACUACAGUUAGCAGAUCAGGUGGUUGAAGAGGGGGAGGGGAGGGCGCUGGUAGAGGAGGAAGAGGAGGAUCUCAGUAAGAGGUCAGCAGAUGAGCAGGACUGGAACUACAGUGCCCGACGUGGUCGCGGCAAAAGGUCCAACAAUGAGGAGCAGGACUAUGGCAACUAUAGGCGGGGAGAAAAAAGAUCGGCUGAAGAGCAAGACUACGGUAACUACAGACGAGGGGAUUCAGAAGAUCAAGAUUACGGGAACUACAGGCGAGGCGACUAAACGAACUGGUGAUCCGGGGGGACUCUCAGAGCACCAUGAUGAAUUUGGGUGUCUAUUAAAGAUAUUUAUGUCCCCAUGACUAUAUUAUAAACGCUAUUUAUGGGCGAACUGCCAGGGGUUUAACUAGAUGAGAGGGGUAUAGGACACGAAGGCUGAGGACACAAGAAUUGACGUCAACGUAUCAUAAACAAACGUUGAAAUCAAAUUGUAUGAUGUUACAAGUUUAUUAUUGGUUUUGGUUCUUUAUUUUGGACGGUGUUUGGUUCCACCCUCGUGUACACUGUUCAUGUUACUAUGUUAACUCUUAAUAUGAGUAUCAUGAGAUCCGCCCUCGUUUCCAUGAGUAUUGCCCUCGUGUCCUCCGCCCUCGUGUCCGGUUCCCAGAUGAGGGAACUAGUUUAUUGUUUUUUCAGUUUGUGUUGGUGUCAUUUGCUUCAUUCUACUUUAUGCAACUUUGAAA